AUGGCUGUCCUGGGUAUCACCGUUGCCCUGCUAGUGUGGGUGGCCACCCUCCUGCUCAUCUCCAUUUGGAAGCAUAUCCAUAGCAGCUGGAAACUGCCCCCUGGCCCUUUCCCACUUCCCAUCAUUGGGAAUCUUCUCCAGCUAGAACCUAAGAAUAUUCCUAAAUCCUUCACCAAGCUUGCAGAGCGGUAUGGGCCUGUGUUUACGGUGUACCUGGGCAACCGGCGCAUCGUCGUCACACAUGGCUACAAGGCGGUUAGAGAGGUCCUGCUCCAGUACAAGAAUGAGUUUUCCGGACGUGGAGACAUCGCUGCGUUCCACGCCCACAAGGACCGAGGAAUCAUUUUUAAUAAUGGGCCCACCUGGAAAGAUACCCGGCGCUUUUCCCUGACCACCCUGAGGGACUAUGGGAUGGGGAAGCAAGGCAAUGAACAGCGGAUCCAGAAGGAGGCCCAUUUCCUGCUGGAGGAACUCAGGAAGACUCAAGGUCAGCCUUUUGACCCCACCUUCCUUAUCGGUGGCGGGCCCUGCAAUGUCAUCGCUGACAUCCUUUUCUGUAAGCACUUUGACUACAGCGACAAGACAUGUCUGAGACUGAUGAACAUGUUCAACGAGAACUUCUACCUGCUGAGCACCCCCUGGCUCCAGGUUUACAAUUAUUAUUCACAAUAUAUGAAAUACCUGCCUGGGAGCCACAGGAGAGUCAUGAAGAAUGUAUCUGAGAUAAAGCAGUACGCACUGGAGCAAGUGAAGGAACACCAUGCAUCACUGGACCCUAACUGCCCCCGGAAUUUCACCGACUGCCUGCUCAUUGAGAUGGAAAAGGAAAAACAAAGUUCGGAGCCUGGAUACACACUGGACGACAUUGCCGUGACUGUGGCUGACCUAUUCUUUGCAGGGACAGAGACUACCAGCACCACCCUGAGAUAUGGGCUCCUGAUACUCAUGAAGUACCCAGAGAUCGAAGAGAAACUUCAUGAGGAAAUUGACAGGGUGAUUGGGCCAAGUCGAAUUCCUGCUGUCAAGGACAGGUUAGAGAUGCCUUACAUGGAUGCUGUGGUGCAUGAAAUUCAGCGAUUCAUCAACCUUGUGCCCUCCAAUCUACCCCAUGAAACAACUCGGGACACAAUGUUCAGAGGAUAUGUCAUCCCCAAGGGCACCAUAGUAAUUCCAACUCUGGACUCCCUUUUGUAUGAUGACCAAGAAUUCCCUGAUCCAGAGACAUUUAAACCAGAGCACUUUCUGAAUGAAAAUGGAAAAUUCAAGUACAGUGACUACUUCAAAGCAUUUUCUGCAGGAAAACGAGUGUGUGUUGGAGAAGGCCUGGCUCGAAUGGAACUAUUCCUCUUUUUGUCUGCCAUUUUACAGCAUUUUAACUUGAAGUCUCUUGUUGACCCAAAGGACAUCGAUCUCACCCCCACUACAGUUGGGUUUGGUAGUAUCCCACCAUAUUACAAACUCUGUGUCAUCCCUCGGUCACGAU